AUGACAGACUCGAAAUAUGAAUCUAAAAAUUGCAAAGAAUCUACAGGGACGAUAUGUGCGCCAAUGGAAAACAAUAUCAUAAAAUCUCCAUUAGAUAAACCAGUUUUCGACACUAAAAAUAAACAUAAAGGUUAUCCAAAAAAACGCAGUAGUAACAACCUAAUUUUAAAUUAAAAAGUGUAAUUUUGUUCAAUCCAAUACAAUUUAACAUUUAAUACAUGAGUAAAAUAUUGUUCAACACAUUUGAUAAAACAAACAGAAUAAUAACGAAAAACUAACUGUUAUUGGAGAACAGUUAAACAUAUUGAAUCUACAUAGGAUGAUAUCACAUAAUUUUUUUAAACUUUUUAUAUAUAAUUUUGAAAUUGAAAAUAAUACAUUGAAGAGUAAAAUUCGAUUUUCAUAAAUUGCAUAAGAAAUUAAUAUACUAUAAAAAUUCACAAAUUUACGACAAAAAUGUUUCAUAAUUUUAAUUUUAUAUCCUAAAUUUUAAUUGAGAAUUCAAUAACAACGUCUUUCUGGAAGAAAAUUUGAUCUGGUUGGUAUAUUGGUAGCUUAUUUUUUCUUUUCUAUGUGGUUUUCUAAUUAAUUGAUAAUAACUGGAGAAAUAUAAGGAAAAUGAAAAGUUCUAAUGAAUAAUGUUUGAUUAAAAAGCGUAAUAUGGUCUAUUAUUUAUUAUUCAUUUUAUUUUCAUCUCACCAUUGAGCAUUUAAAAUUUUGAAAUAUUAACUUUUUUCCAAAUUUUAUGUGUUAUAAAAAUUUAAAUAAGAAGCAAUUCAACAAUUUAAAUGUAUGUAAUUUUUAGUUAUUCUGAAUUUUUAGGGAAAAACCAUUUUCUACUUAAAUUUAAGUGUGUUCAUUUUUUUAAUGAAUUUCAUUCAAAACUCCAAAAAUGUACGGGAUAUUAAUUACAAUGAAUUUUGGUGCUUGCAUUUUUGAUUUUCAUCAACCCAAUGACGAGAUAUUCCACUUUUAAGUAUCGGCGAGAGGAAAUUCGUGAUGAAUCGUUAUUUUUGUAUCAUACAGCGUUGUAUAAUGAACCACUACACUCCCCUACCCAAACUUAUACAAUUUUAUGAUCACACAAUAUGACGUAUAUUAUGAUUAUUAUUUAUAGCAAAGUAGCUAAAAAAUUAAAAUACGUCCGAGUACAUUGCACAUGAUAUUUAGUAAAAAAAGUAGUCAAUACAUUAAAUACAAGGGGCAUUCAUUAUUCGAGAGAGAUGCACUCUUCGUAUUCAAAACAUGAUAACGGUUAAGAAAUACAAAAUUAACACGGCAACCGGCGCCUAUGUGACAUUUGCCGUAGCCAAAACAAAAUCAUUGAUAAACUAAAUUGGUUUCAGUGUAGUUUUAUGAUUUACAGAUCACAAUUCUUCGGUUCUAAAAUGUAUAUCUCUUAAAUCAAAAAAGAACGGUAUUUUCCUUGAUUUCUUAAGCGUUUUAUUUGCGUGAGUAAUCUUCCGAACGAUUUUAUCGGAACUCUGUACGCGUUAUAGAUUAUAAUAUUUCAAUUGAAUUGUGACUGAUAUCCAACGACUUCAAAAUAUCUUGCGGAUAUAUAAAAAUAGAUAACCUAGAUAACUGUCAACACCGUGUAAAGACUCUGAAUCCUUCCUAACAUCAAGAGGAAGGUCAUAACAGAAUUAUAAUUUCUAUACACUCUUUCCCUCUCAAAAAUCUCUUACUUCUCUACAACGUUAUGAUGCCUUUAUAACUACACUUACUUUUUUGGUACGUUAAAAGUUAUUUAUUUUUGUGUUAUGACACUGAAGAGUAUAAUAUAUCGUCAAUAAAUAGACAAAAAUCAACAAUUUCAACACCAACAUUUAUUUUAACUAACACUCUGUCUAUAUAUGCAACUUUUCAGGUGUUAAAGAAUUUAAUUUAAAAUUUUUAAAGAAAAUCUCCAAUCAUAUUGAAUUUUCAAUUAUGUAGUUAGCAAAUUGAAUGGUUAACUGGAUAUUUAAACAAUUUUGAAUAGGUACAUAUUUAUUGAAUAUUUGUUUACACAAAGUAUCCCGAGCCUUAGGUAUUACCUAUGUUAACUUAUAUUAUACUAAUUAUUAGGUUAAUAAUGUUUAUCGAUACUAAAUUAGAUAUUUUAAAUAAUCGUUUUGUUUAUAAUUUAAUUUAAUAGGAUUACGAUCAGAUGAUAUUAUUGAAUGCGAUAUUGUAAAAAAUUCAGAACGUGUAGAUAAAUAUCCACGAGCCGUUGAAUUAUAUUUGAACGACAGUAUUUUGUUUAUGUUAAAUUGGCACAAACAACUAUUAAUAUUGAAAAACACCGUAGCAGAAACAAUGGCCGGAAUCGUACUGAUGUCGAUCACAUGGUGGCUAAUAUAUUUGUUUAUUAAGUUAUUACCAAACUAUUCUACAGACUAUUCUAAAUAUACAAUUAUAUUAGCCGCGAUUGAUUACAUCUACUUCAUAAUAUUAUAUGUGAUCAGUACGGCUGUCGGGAGAGUGAUAAAAUUAACCAACUACCUUCCACCAUUAAUGGGCAUUAUAUUAGCAAGUUGUCUAUAUUCUAUAUGUUUAAAUGAUAUAUACAAUAAGUCAGCUAAUAAACGAUGGCCGGAAUUCACAUAUUUUGUGUUCAUUAUUUGGUAAGUUUAUCAAACAUUUUUUUUCCUAUUCAGUGCAAAGUGACUAAUACAAUAGUUUUACGAUGGAUUUCCAUUUGGUUUUAAUAGCAAUAGGAAAAAACGGGCAAUUUUAUGAAAAUAAUAUUUUUACUAUUCAUAAUUUUUUAUUUUUUUUUUUUGUUUUAAUUCAUGUAAAUAUUUUCUGAGAGACUUGAAAUUCGGACAGAAAUCUUAUAUUUGUUUUUAAUAGACAUGGUAAUACUUUAAAACAUUUUAGCCAAUUUUGAGCUAUUAAUAGACAUUUAAAUGUUUAACAUAUUUUUUAUUCGGUACCCACUAAUCAUUUUUUAUUGUCUAACAUCUAAGCUAUAUGUAUGCUUUUUGAUUGGUACGAAAUACCACAUUGAAAUAUUACUCAAACCACUUGAGGAGGUUUUAUAUUUUUGUUACUAUAUUAUUAACAUAUAACAUCCUUAAAACGUUUAAACAUUAACUUUUUAGGAAUAUUGCAUCGCAAUUUUAAUACCCAUAAUAUAGGUUUUUUUUGUGAAAAUUAUUAUAAUUGAUUAUCAUCAUUGUUGUAAUAUUUUUUUAUUUUUUUUGUUAUAGCGAGGUNGAAAAUAUGUAGGUAAUGCACAUGAAAUUAUAUUACUAUGAUAUGAAUUAUAUGUUUAGUGUAUAUUGAUGAAAAAGCAACAAUAUCAACUGAACUCUGCUCAAAAUCGUUUUUUUGUUAGCAGUGGUUAAUCUUAGCCUAGCGAUUCAUAUUGUAUUACCUAUAACAGUGGCUGCACACGUUUCCAUUAUCUUAAGACAGCUUUUGUUAAAUUUGUGUUGUAAUAUUUUUUAUUUUUUUUGUCAUAGCGAGGUAACCACAUUUACAAUUAUGACAAGUGGCGUAUUUGAAAUACAAUAUUUGGAGUUACAACGUAUUCGCGGUGCACUGACAAGACUAAUUUUAUUGCCACUCACAGUCGAAUCACUCAUCUUGCUCUGGGCUUUAAAAUCAGAUAAUUUCAACAUAGAUAUCAUUAUUAUUGAUCAUUUACCUUACGGCGGGUAAGUUUUUGUAGCAUAUUUUAUUGUAAUUUUGCAAUUAAUCUAUUACAUUUUUAACUUAUAUACCGAAAUAAACUAAUUUGAUAUGUUAUUUGACUACAUUAAAACAUAAAGGUAUUUUAUUUUGAUUAAGACUAUUAGGACCCCCAAACGAAUGUUCUCAGGUUCUAACAUUCUGAAUGUAUAAAUUAUAGCAUUAAUAAUUAAUGUGAUCUGUGAUCUGUUAUGAGGUCUUUGAUUUCACAUAGUUAUCAUUAAGUUUAACACAUAUGAGUAUGGUAACAACAUUCAUAUUUCCUAUAACCAUAAACACAGGGCUUUUAAAAUGUCUUUUAAAAGUUUAUUUUGUAUUGAUGCUUUUUUGCUUUUUCAACAAUUCAUGUGUCACAUUAUAGUAAAAUAAUUAACUAGGUACUUUAUAUUUUUUUUAAUAUUAUUUGUUUAAUGGUGUAUCAAUUUCCCCAGAUUUCCAAUAUUUUUUCUCAGUAUCUUUAAAUUUGCUGAGAUAAUUCUUCGGAAAAUUUAAAAAUGAUCUUUCACAAAAGGUACUACACAUAAAAAUCGGACCACAGAAUAAAAAAAAAUCUUUUUCACUCAGAAUCAAAAAUGUUUUCAAAAACAUGAAAUUAAAAUAUAGAUUGGGCCAUCGUGGGAUACCUGGUUUAUGUGAANAAACGAAUGUUCUCAGGUUCUAACAUUCUGAAUGUAUAAAUUAUAACAAUUAUAAGUAAUGUAAUCUGUAAUCUGUAAUGCGUUCUGUGAUUGUAAUGGUUAUCACUAAAAUUACCACAUGUGAGUAUGACAAACAACAGUCUUAUUUAUUUUACCCAAAGGCGCCAGGCUUUAAAAAUAUCUUUGAGUAGUUAAAUUUAUUAUUAUUGAACAUAAUGAGGUUUUAAAUUUUAAAAAGGCAUCUAAGGAUAAUAGAAACGGGCGCAGCCACUAAUAUAGCUAAUUUAAUGUAUACAUUUUAGGGUAUAACUUUUUAAUACUAUUUGUUUAAUAAUGUACCGAUUUCUCCAGUUAUAUUAUGUAUAAUCUCAGUUUUUUACAUUUGCUGAGAAAAUUCUCGAUAAAAUCAAGUAUAUGAUUUCUUAAAAAUAAUCUUGAUAGUGAAAUUUUCGUUCAGAAAACGAACAAUUUGUAUAAUUCUGUUUUUUCUGUGUUUUCCUUUAUUUUAUGUUUAUAUUCAGUCACGUUUUACAUUUUGACUGAAAUUUUAGUUCGAAACCGGUCGUAUUUCCGUCUUAUUUAAUUACUCCAAGUGAAGAAUAUUUCAUACUAUUUAAUAUUCUUUAUUUUCAUAUUUUUAUAUAUAUUUAUGAUUUAUUUAAAUUAAUUUCGAUAAUUAAAAAUGUUUAAUCAAUUGAAUUUUCGUGGUCAUGACUGAUAUAAUGUUUAUUAAUAUUAUUGUUUAUAUUUCAUUGCAUGGAUGUUUACCGCUAUAAAUUUGAGGAAAUAGAGUAUUGUUAUUCAUUCGGUUUUUGAUUUUUAAUUUUCUCUCUACUAUCCCAAUGUAUACACAUAGACGACUGACCUGUAACCCAAACAGUCGGUCUCUGCACAUUUACUCAAAGAGUCAAAAGGUAAACUAGGGCACAUUUUUAACUUAUACUUACCCGAGAAUUCGAGUUUCACCCCCGUUCCGAAAGGCAUAACGCGUAAGUUUAAGUGCCUGCCACACCAAACAAUUCAACGAGUGAUUACCCACAUCGGUUUCUGGAUUAUUAACCACCCGCAUUCGACGUUGGGUGCUUUCUUAUAGGAAAGACGUAUUGAGGUUCAAAGAUGCUUUAACUUCAUUUAAUGUCCCGGCUAUGCAACUGACAUUUAGCAGGCAUACGCAUCCUGGAAGGGCUGUGCUGCGUCAAUAAUUUGGUGUCGAGGGCAAGCGUUCCUUAAACUUGUCUUCUAUACUGUGCACGUAUCAAUGACGUUCCCACUGGGGGAAAAAAGCCCGCGCGAAACAUUCUCCAGCCGAGACCAAGAAAAUGCCAACAAGUCGACGGCAUUAAAUAGCCCUCGGAACUCCGAGGCGCACAGUGCCUCAGUAUGUUCCGAUCGAUGCUCGGCGUGCGGUAGGCAGUAUAAAAGAUAUUGUCACGGGUUCUCCGUGAGAGACUCGUCACAUUCACACACCACUAUGUAAAUUAUUUCGAAUCUGUGUGGGUAAGCUUAAAAAGCACCGUGCCCAAGGAAAAACUGCGCGGAGAAAAGAGUCGAUGAUAACCAUCGCUGCGCGAUUACGGACGGUAAUUGAUUUGUAUGUAACAUAGUGUUCCACGUAUUUUUCAUUUACUCUUUAUCUGUGUUCGCUCGUUACAUGCUUUGCCAUGUUGCACACCAAAACAUUUUUCAUCGGUAUCUCGUGGGUUGAUUACAGUUUUUUUAUUUUGUAUGAUUUUAUCUACCUAAUAACAGACUAUUGAUACGCUGCAGUUAAAAAAAUCCACCCCGUCCUUGAUAAAUAUCAUGUUCGGAUAAUAAAAAACAAGUUUUUCUUCUAAGAUAUCUUCUAUUUCACCAUCGAAAUAUAUUUGUCUGGCUAAUUUCUAGAAUGCCCUAUUCUCGACGGAAUUGACGUUUCAUAUCAACCAAAUAAACAUAAAUUAAAACUACUUCCUGUGUAGUGAGGUAUAAUAAUAAAAUGAAAUCCUCCCUUCACAUAAAUCCAUAUCGAAAACCAUACGUAAUUCUAUAAGCAGAUUGUCGUCAUCCUUAUAAUCGCCCUCCUCCAACAUUUUUUUCUGAAAUAAAAGAAAAAAGUUACAUAUGUUUUUAAAUUUAAAUAGGUACAACAUAUAUUAAACAUGGUUUAACAUGGGUUAAACGGUAAGUAAAACUGUGUAUAAUACCAUGAUAAUGGUAGGCAUAACUGUUAUAAGGGUAAAUAUAACCAUGUUUUCACAGCGUGUUAAUAAUUGUUAUAAUUUGUGAUAACGAGGUAAGAGAAAUGUGAUAACUAUAGUAAUAGAUUGUGAUAAUAGUGAUAUUGAUAAGUAGAACUGUGGCAUCAAACAAUAAUAACGAGAUAAGAUACAUAUGAUAACGAUCGGUAUAACUCUGUUACAAAUCUCUGAUAAGAGUAAUAACGGGUAUGGUGGUGGUUGCGGUGGUAGCUAUGUGAUGGUGUUGGCGAUGGUGGGGGUAUGUCGACGAAGAGGUGGACAAUUCGGGCGACCAUGUAAAAGUAUAGCUUAUUGUACGGCGGCCACCUAUCGGGUAUAGCAAAGGCNAACACAUUUCUAGAUUUUAUUGGACAAUAAUUAGCCAUGUCACUUUAUUGCCUAAUUUAUUUCGAUUACAACGUAAAGUUCUCAGUGAGGAAAAUGACACGAUUUCCCUUUUGAUUGCUGCAUUAAAUUUAAUGGAAGUGGUGACUUGCAUUAUGGAUGGUUUAUUGAUAUAUCUUGCGCAAAUUGAAUCAAAUAAAAAGAACUUUUAUGGGAUAAGUAAGUGAAAAAUCUCUAUAAUAAUUAAUUUUUUUUUAUUAAGGAUUACUUAUAUAAAUUACUUCUUUAAAACUAAACAUUUCAUUUUCUUACUAUGAUUAUCAAUUUAUUCAAAAAAACGUUUCACGUUUCGUAUUUUUAAUACUAUCCACAUCGAUAUUAUGCAAUUUUAGAUUCAGAGCCUAGCGAGGUAUCUAUUGAUUUUACUUAAAUGUUUUUUUUUUUCUGUAAACAACUUUUCUACCAGAAAACUUCGAAAUAGUCGUGGAAUACAUGAAAAAAAAUUAUAUUUAAAAGCCAAAUAUUUCCAGCAUGCCGUGGCGCUACUGUUUUCAUCGUUUUGUUUUUAUGUUAGCACGAUGUUUGAUUUACAAAAAUAUCGCUCCAAUCUAAAAAUGAAAUAUCAUCGAUUCUGUUCCUUCUAAUAUUUUGCUAUGAUGGAGUCAGUCAUUUUAGAUUCUGAUUGGAGUGAUGAACCUUAUAUUUUUAAAAAGAUGUUUGUUUUUUUUCUUUUAUCUUAACGCAAUUUUUCCACCAGAAUACUUGAUCAGAUUUCUUCGAGUAGCAAAUUUUCUAAAAGAAAAUCAAUGUCGCUUUAAACUUUAGGAUACUGAUUUUUCUUCAUUCCUUUUCAUAAAGAGGUUUCUCAUAAAAUUUAUACAAUCGAGAAAAUCCGGGGAAAUAUGUGAAUUGUUGGUGUUAGUUAAAAUAUAUUACGGCUUUCUUUUUUUCCGUGCACUACUUUCCAACUAGGGAUUUCGCUCCAUUACUUAAUGAUAGCAAUGUUUCAAAAACGAAAUUCUAUUAAGAAGGUACAUUAGAUAAGUCAGUUAUUGAUUUUUUCAAUUGUUUUCCCAGCAAAUGUAAUAAUCUGGAUUAAACAUGGUAAAACCUGGAAAAACCUAGGAAAACUUACAAAGUCGGUGAAACAUUAAAUAAAAAUUAUUAUAGAAAAUAUAUUAGGCCUAUUUAAUUAUUUAAAAAAAAAAAAGUAUAUAUAAAUAUAUAUAUUGUUGACAAAGCAUCCAAUCAACUGAACUCCACUCAGAAUCGUUUUUUCGCCUGCAAAGUUUUAUCCUUCUAGUUAUACAUAAAAUUAUUUAUAAGUCACUUACUAGGGCAGGAGUUAUAGAAUCCUGCAAGAAAAGAGGUUUUAUUCUUCUUUUUCGAUACCUUAUUUUAUCCUUUGUUUUUUUAGUGUAAUACAGUUAAAAAUAUUUAUAAAGACCAAUAAUUUAGACAGAUUGAUUGUAUUUCUUUGUUUUAUAUAUGGUAAAACGUUUAGAACAUUGGGGAAAGUUUAUGCUGUUUAUAAAUAUUGUAAUUUUGAGAAUUUUUAAAAAACUUUUAUUUGGUUAGUACUCUGAUGAUAAAUUGAUAGACUUAAAAGAAAUGCUUACAAAUUUGAAAGGAGGAUCAUUUUAAGUAGAAAUUAAUAUUCUAAUAAUACAAUUUUGUUUUAUCGAGAUAGUAUUCUUCCCACGACUAUAAUAUUGUUAUAGGCGUUCGUCACGGUCACGAACAAUAUUAAGUUAAAAUAUUAUAAAAUAAAUGGUCNUAUAUAUGGUAAAACGUUUAGAACAUUGGGGAAAUUUUAUGCUGUUUAUAAAUAUUGUAAUUUUGAGAAUUUUUAAAAAACUUUUAUUUGGUUGGUACUCUGAUGAUAAAUUUAUAGACUUAAAAGAAAUGCUUAAAAAUUUGAUAGGAGGAUCAUUUUAAGUAGAAAUUAAUAUUCAAAUAAUACAAUUUUGUUUUAUCGAUAUAGUAUUCUUCCCACGACCAUAAUAUUGUUAUAGGCGUUCGUCACGGUCACGAACAAUAUUAAGUUAAAAUAUUAUAAAAUAAAUGAUCAGACCAUUCAGCAGAAAUUUUUUUUACAUUAAAUAUUAUUUAUAUGUUAGGUAUAUAUGUAUAUUAUAGUUUUAGUUUUAUAUGUAGUAAUAAAACUUUUUAAUAUGGAACGUUAGUUAUACGUCUUGUCGCGACUACUUAAACCAAUGAGAACAACAAAUUUGGGUCAUUGCUUUUCCACCAGCAUUGUGGAAAUACAUAUGUUUGAUUGUCGAGUGAAGACAUUUUAUUCGGAAGGAAAUUCUUUUCACUGAUGCCCUGAAUAAAAUCGACAUUUUUAAGUAGUCGUGAAAAACUUAUUGUUUUUUCCUUCACUUCCUUUUUACUGUAUUUUAUGUUUAAUUAUUAUAUUAUUAUGCUUAAAAUUAUCAUUUGCUUGAAGGAAAUUCAUUUCUUUACAUACCUUUAUUUUAUUCUGGAGUAUAUCUCAGUGAGAGUGCCAGUGAGAAGCUAUUGUUGUUAUUUAAAAGGUAACAAAACUUAAUUGGGCUUUAUCUCAAUUCUAUACUCGUUAUUGUUGCCAAUUAGCUAUGGAAUCAAAAUUUAGUGUAGGUAUUUAAUUUUAGUACGCUGUGGCGUACAAGGAUUAACUUUUCUAUGGCCGUCCGCUCAGCAAUGCCAAAUACUGAAGUUAUCGCGAUUCGCUUAAUGAUUUUUAACUGUAUACGUUUAAAGGAGAACCUUGAGUAUACGAUAAUGGCUUACUUUUAUUUAAAAUCCAGAGCAUAACGAGAAAUUUAUUGAUUUUACUAUGGUUUGUUUUUUUCAGUCUUGUUAAUAAUUUGGAGGGAUAAUAUUACUUUGUCAUUGUAGUUUCCUUUUUGAUUAUCUGAGGUCGGAAGUAAUUAUAUAUUUAAAAAGUUUCUGUGAAUAUAAAUUGUGUUGUGAUUUUUUGUGAAAAAUAUUAUUAGAGAUUUAAUAUAUUAUAGAAUUUUCAUUUUAGUAUUUUGUAGCUGUGGUCAAGGUACACGUUUCUAAUAAGAAAAAAACAAGGUGUUUGGUUUUCUUUAAAGUUACAUAAAAACAUUCAAUAUUUUAUAUAAAUGAGGGAACAAUUUUGUAAUUAAUUUCUAUAUUGACUUUUUAUGUUAAAAUUCGUACUUUUUAAUGUGUGGGCUUAUAUUACUUUUUGAACGUCACUACAAUUUAAUUAUAACUCCUCAAAAUUUUUAAAACUGGAGACCUUUUUAUAAAAUAUUAGUACAUGUUUUUAUAUUUUGUAAAUUUGCCAUCACGUUUUUUUUCCUUAAUAAAAAUUUAAUUAAUAUAUUUUGACAUCAUGGCCAUUUUCGUUAUUAUUAUUUACGAUUGUGUUAACAAACAUACGGGGUUGAUUAUUAUUAUCCAUGUAAUUUAUUUAUAUGAUAUGAUUAUCCAUUGAAGGUUACAAUAAAAUCGUUUACUUCUACAUCUCUUGAGUUUAAAAUAUUUAUUAUUUAAUCAGGUGUUUGAUAUUUUUAUGAAAACUAAUCAAAAGACAGUGUAUAUAAUUAAUUAUUAUGUUGUAUUAUCUAGUAAUGAAAAGUAAUAAAGUUAAUUGGGGGGGAGUAUAAACCUAAUAAAUUGAUUAUUUUCUGGCAAGACCCGAACCUAAAGUCUGCCGUCCGCAANAUUUUUACUGAUUACAGCUGCUCAUAAGCUUAUUAUCCUGGGCGGGUUGCACGUUAGCCCAUUAAUAUCUGAUGUCCGCUGGUCAUUAUGAUCUUGUGUUUAGUUGGCACAUUCAUAAUUUUAAUUUACUUAAUACAGAAUCACCUUUUCAGAAUAUAUAUUUUACUAGUGUGAAGGGUAUUGUCAACAAGACUACAACAUCAGCCUUGUUUAGACGUUAUUAGUCCUUCUAGCUCAUAAAUUAUGUACUUACGUGCGGAAUAUAAAUAUAGUUUUCUAUUAUCUCAUACUCUCGAAAAUGUUUUUUAACAUUUGUAAAAGUUAUAAACGUUUUUACUAUAUAAAUAUUUAUCGUCCGAAGUAAUUACUCCUUUGAAAGACAAAAUUAGUGAAUAUAAUAAUAAUGUAUCCAUAUUAUGGACAGAUAUAUGGUUUGUGUACUUGUAAAAUUAUAUAAUAUGAAUUUAAAUAUUGAAUAAUUCUAUAUUUUAUUUUUUAUUUAGAUGAUAUUGAAUUUGAAUUAUUAUUCGUAUUCAUUAAGGACUUAAUGAUUGAGGUAAUAUUUGGAAUAUUUUAUGGAAUUUUAAUGAUAUUUGUACCAAACCCAAUAUGGAACAACGCAUAUGAUAGACAAAAAAAUGAACUAAAUAAUAAUCAUGGAGCUAAAAAUCGACAAGUAAAUCAAUUAAAUCAUUUAAAACUUACCUUUUUUUAUAAAAAAAAUGGUCACUCCAGAAUAGAUUGUUUAAUUUUUAGUUUGAAAUUCGAAAACUAUAACACUUUUAUAAUAGUCUAUCAUGGAUAAUAGAUUUGUAGGUCGGAAGUAAUUAUAUAUUUAAAAAGUUUCUGUGAAUUUAAAUUGUGUUGUUAUUUUGUGAAAAAUAUUAUUGGAGAUUUAAAAUAUUAUAGAAUUUUCAUUUUAGUAUUUUGUGGAUGUGGUCAAGGUACACGUUUCUAAUAAGAAAAAAUCAAGGUGUUUAGUUUUCUUUAUAGUUAGAUAAAAAAAUUCAAGAUUUUUUUUUAAAUGAGGGAACAAUUUCGUAAUUAAUUUCUUUAUUGACUUUUUAUGUUAAAAUUCGUACUUUUUAAUGUGUGGGCUUAUAUUUAUUUUUGAACGUUACUAUACCAUAAUUAUAACUCCUCAAAUUUUUAGAACCGGAUACUUUUUUAUAAAAUUUUAAUCCUGGGCAAGCACUAAGGUUAUGCCGGGUGUGCCUAGACCGUACCGAAAAUGUUAUAAAAACAUUACUUUUUCCUAUGAUGCUGACAUAUGACAACAGUAUGUACGGGUUUUUAUAUUUUUUAAAUUUGCCAUCACGUUUUUUUUCUUAAUAAAAAUUUAAUUAAUAUAUUUCGACACCAUUGUCAUUUUCGUUUUUAUUUUUUACGAUUGUGUUACCAUUUAUACGGGGUUGAUUAUUAUUAUCCAUGUUAUUUAUUUAUAUGCUAUGAUUAUCCCUUGAAGAUUACAAUAUAAUCGUUUGCUUUUAUAUCUGUGGAGUGUAAAAUAUUUAUUAUUUAAUCAGCUGUUUGAUAUGAUUAUGAAAACUAAUCAAAAGACAGUGUUUUAUAAUUAAUUUUUAUUCUGUAUUAUCUAGUAAUGAAUGGUAAUAAAGUUAAUUGGGGGGAGAGUAUAAACCUAAUAAAUAUGAUUAUUCUCGGGCAAGACCUGAAUCUAAAGUCUGCCGUACGCAAACGAAUUUAGCUGUUCUUAUUGCCAGAUAGUUUUUAUUGAUUAAAGCUCCUCGCAUGUGUAUUACCCCUGACGGGUUGCACUUUAACCCAUUAAUAUCUGAUGUCUAUUGUUGAGUAAGAACAAAUAUGUGAAGGCAUCCUGGUUGUUAUAUUCUUGUAUAUAACGUUGCAUUUAUAAUUUUAAUUAAUUUAAUGACAGAAUCACCUGUUCAAUAUAUAUUUUAUACUCUUGUGAAGGAUAUUGUCAACAAGACUACAACAUCAGUCUUGUUUAGACGUUAUUAGUCUGUUCAGCUUAAACAUUACGUACUUAUAUGCGGAACAUAAAUGUACUUUUCUAUUAUCUUAAACGCUUGUAAAUGUGUUUUAAAAUUUGUAUACGUUAUAAAAUUUUUUACUCUUUAAAUAUUUAUCGUUUGAAGUAAUUACUUCUCUGAAAAACAAAAUUAGUAAAAAAUAAUAAUAAUGUAUCUAUAUUAUGGAGAGAUAUAUGUUUUGUAUGUAAAAUUACAUAAUAUGAAUUGAAAUUUUUAAUAUUACAAGUUUUUUAUUUAUGAUUAGAUGAUGUUAAAUUUGAAAUAUUUUUCGUAUUCAUAAAAGAUGUAAUGAUCGAAAUCAUAUUUGGAAUAUUGUAUGGAUUUUUAAUGAUUUUUGUACCAAACACGAUAUGGAAAAAUACUUAUAUUAGACGAGAAAAAGAACUAAAUGAAAAUCACGAAGCCAAAAAUCGACAAGUAAAUCAAUUAAAUUAUUUAAAACCUACUUUUUUUUAUAAAAAAUGAUCACCCUGGUAUAGAUUGUUUAAUUUAGUUUCAAAUUCGAAGAUCAUACUACUUUUUUAUUAAUUUAUGAAUGUUAUUUGAUUUAUAUUUAUGGUUUUCGUAAUCUGCUGCUUAUCUUCUAUGAAAAAUUAUUUACAUUAUUUGCCUAAUUUCUUAAUUUAACUCAAUCGUUACUGCAACGUGUUAGUGGAUCGGUGCACCCAUCAUUAAAGGCCCGGGCGGAAACUUCUAUAAACAGUGGAAACGUCCGUGGCAGCCUCUAUACCUAUUAAGUAGCAGCGGAAUGAUUACGACGAAAGCGCGGGAAACGGCCAAAGAGAACAUGGUUAGCAGAUACACGCGGUUAUAACGUACAUUUGGCGACCAAGAGGCAUGUUCGUUACGGCAACGUAUGUUGUAUACAAAAGAAAAAAUGGUUUAGAAUCCAUGGACAUGCAGGUGUUUUGUGUGUUGGCUCACAGAACGAUUCACUAGGUCGUUGGAUUAUUCGGUCGCAACUGAUCACAAGUACUCACACGUUACACCCAUGGACACACAACGAAUGAACUGACUGGGCGACAAAGACCUGGAGAUUUGCAUAUUCCCAACACCAUCAUUUAAAUUUUUUAAUUUGUUUACACCAUGAUUUUGCAGCUGAUUAGCAAAAAUUUGCAAACCUAAACUACAAUUGGUAGUAAAUAUAAUUGAAAUCUUUUCGUAUCGUAAAACAUCUAUAUUCUUUUCAUUACCUAGCUGGCUAUAACCAUUAACCACAGUUCUAAUAAUAACUGAUGAUCGUUUGAUUGUUGUUAUAUCAAGUAAAAUCGUGAUAUUAUAUUGACACUAAUGACGUGCAUCGAAGUAUUGAUAUUUCUUCAGUAGAGGUCAUUGAUGAACAAGGAAUUAGUUAUAGGGGUACAUCUAGAUGUACUAAAUGGUAUGAUGUUAGCUCAUCCAUUAUAGUAUUUCGGAUAUGAACUAGCGGCUCCACACGUAGAGGAUGUUAGUCUGGAAGAAGUGAAGAUGGCAAUGUCUGGCUAAAAAAAUUGGAAAGCGUCUGGUGCCGAUGACAUAUCAGCAGAACUCAUAAUAUACAGAGGUGAGGAGCUAUACAUAGUAUUGCACAGAAUGUGUCAGCUUAUAUGGCCUGAAGAACGGGUACUGUAAUGCUGGAACGAGACAGUCUUCAUACUACUUCACAAAAAAGGGAGAAAGACAAAAUGUGAAAAUUGUAGAGGGAUAUCGCUUUUAAAAUCUGCGUACAACGUCGUCUCUAGAGUACUACUAAAUUGCAUUGUUCCUUAUGUGGAGGAUUGCUUAGGUGAUUGCCAAUGCGGCUUCCGAAAAGGUCGUUCAACUACAGAAAAAUUAUCCAGAAUAGGUUAAAUAAUAUAAAAAUGUACGAGUACCGAUAGAAUGUGUGGCAAUUUUUCGUAGAUUUCAAAAAGGCCUAUGAUAGUAUCUACAGAUAGAUUCUAUAAAAUAUCAUAUACGAGCUAGAUUUUCCAAAAAAAUUAAUAAUACUAACUAAAAUAUCUACGGAAAACACAAACAACAGAGUAAGAAUACAAAAUUUAACACAAGGAACUUUUACAGUGGGAAGCAGGCUAAAGCAGGGGGGCGUUCUGUCCCCAUUACUUAUGAAUCUUGCACUAGAGAAGGUAGUAAGGAAACUAUAAGAAAAUGAAGGUGGUCUACUAAUCGGUCAGAACAAGAUUCGGCUCCUCGGGUAUGCUGAUGAUAUGAAUAUUAUAGGUGACUUGCUAGCAGACACAGCUAACGCGGCCAGAUUGCUAGAAGAAGCAGCGAAGAGAAUAGGUCUUGAAAUAUAUACUGAGAAGACAAAGAUAAUUGAAACUUAUUAAGAAUGAGAAGGACCCCAACGAGAUGGAGGACAUACGAAAAACUUGGCGAUUUUAAAUAUCUGGGGGCAAAGUUAAGCACAAAGAAUGACUGGUCCAAGAAAACAAAUAUUCGGAUAAACAAAGCCCAAAAAUCUUUCUACUUACUGAAAAUGUUCCGAAUAUCUAAAAUAUUGUCUAGGAAAACAAAAUUAAAACUGUAUUUGGCUAUUAUAAGAACGACUCUCGUGUAUGGCUGUGAUGCUUGGACUACUACCAAUCAAAUAGAGAGCAACCCGAGGACACAGUACGGAGGAAAAUAUGUGGGCUCACCAUCGAUGAAACAACAGGGAAUCUGUGAAGGAGGAUAUAAGUUCCGUUUUGUGCUUUUCGUUUAGUUCGGAGUUUAAAUUCACGUAAGUUGUCUUCGUCGGCCUGUGUUUGGGUUGUGCAAUGUCGGUGGUGUCGCCGGAGUCGAAGCGGUGGUCCACUACGCGAGCCGCGUCAGUCGGCCGCCGAAUCUAGAUAACCAUUGGCAAACCCGACAAGGCGAUUGUCUGUGUAUUAUUUAUUAUUAUUAUUAUAUUUAACUAGUGUACAAAAAAUACCUACCUAUUCCGUAUUUUGUGCUCGCUCAUAUGCUUUUUGUAGCACUGCAUUUUUAACCUGUUUAUUUUGCUGUGCGGCCGUUGGCCUGUGGAAUCACACGUCCUCAUAUUAUACUAUUAUUUAUGUAUAUUAUAAAGUUAUUUUUGUGUCCAAUUAUAUACUUUGUUUGAUCUAUUGAUAAUACGUGGUUUAUUCAAUUGUUACGGGCCGUUUGGACACAGCCUUUUGAUGGAAAGAUGUACACGUGUGUUAGGUCUACAAAUGGUUUUUUAUAUAAUUUGAAAAAAACACAGUUGACAUGUUGUAUUUAUAAGUGAAGAACCUGCGACAUCAGACUGGGGUCAUGAUUUAGUUGUUAUUAUUAGUAAUAAAUACAACAAACAAAGACUGGACGUGUUGGACGAGUUAAAUACGCCUCUGAUUAAAUAUUAAUUUUUUUGGAUUUUUUUAUAAUAUACUAUCUACUGAAUUUAAAUUGGAAGUAGGUUGCACCUAGUGCUCUGAAAAUGAAAACCGUUUCCUAAUAAACAGUAAAUGUUACUCACAAAAUGUAUUAGAAUUCACCACAAAUCCAUAGUACAACCCUAACAAAAAGAUAUAUAUGUAAUUAUUAAUUAAUAUAAAUUUACAUUAUAUUAUUAUUAUUUUCUAAAAUGUUGAUUUACAGAUAUCAGUUAUACGAUUUAUAUUAUUUUUAAUCGAAGGAUUUUUAAUUGGAUUAUACAAAUGCAGUUCAGACUUUCCAAUUACAUGGUCUUUAGGAUGUGCCGUAACAGCUUUGGUGGCAUGUUUCGGUUGGAAACGGAGGAGUAGAAGAGAAAUAAUUAAAAAUGAAUCAAUAUCAAAUAGUGUCAACCAUGAUAUUAUAUAUGACCAAAUUAGUUCACUUACAAAAGUUUUCGAGUACAUCUUUACCCUUCUAAUCCCUAUAAUAUUUGGAUUAUUUGGCUGGUACUAUGGAUAUUUAUUCAUGCAUUUUGUAUUGGCUGAUCACUUUACUGGAAGAAUUUUGUCUGUAACACUAAGAAAUCUUUUUAUUGCUUUUAGUGUAAGUAUUAUUUGUUAUUGAAAUGAAAAAAAAAUGUAUACAUUAAUGGCAAUUAUAUUAGGUACCUAUAGUAUUAGAAUAUUUAAUGAAAGAAUAACAAAUAAAAGUAAGCAUGAAUAGAGAUUCAAAAUUUGAAAAAUUUAGGGAAAUAAAUAAUUUGGAUAACAAGCUAUAUUGAGAGAAAAACAAUUGCUUAAUAUAUUUAUAGUUGUUAACAAAGUAAUGACUAUUAGACAAUUUUACAUAUAAUUCGAUGUUCGACUUUAUUUCACCGAUAAAAAAAAAGGUAUGGACAUAAUUCACAUGAAAUAAAUUAAUAAUGGUAUAAGAUAGUAUUUUUAAAAAAUCAUUUCUUUCUUUCUUUUUUUUAGUCUGUGGAAACGUUUAUUCCUAGUAAAUUUGCUCCGAUUUUUACGUGUAGCCACAUUAGUGAUGGCUCAAGUCGUCUAGAUUAAGCCACAUUAGUGAUGGCUCAAGUCGUCUAGAUUAAUUUUCAACAAAAAAUACCAAUACCAAUAUAAUUAUUUACUAUAACAUGGCAUAUACAUUGUUGAUAUAGCAACACUAUAAUUUGAACUCCACUCGGAAUCAUUUUGACGUUAGCUUACAAUUAUACAUUGAACUUCUCCUCUACUAAAGUUACCCUAAAAAUAUGAGGAAGUAAUGGUACUAUAGUGUUGUUACUGUACCAAAAAUACAAAGAUUCCACGAUGACGAUUUACAUUCUUUCACUUUUCACCUACUCCCCCAGUACAGCGCAUAGUUGUAUGUGGUUUAUUUUUUAUUAAUGCCAAAAUAUCUUAAAUCAAGCCAACAAUAAACAGAGAGAAAGUCAGAUAGACUGUAUUUUUUAGGGUUAUUAUAUUUGUUAUGGCAAUUUUAUUUUUGUUUAUUAUUUAUUGUAGAUUCUAAGUGGUGCGAGGAAUGUAUUAAUUUAACAAUAUUUAUUUUUUAUUUGUAUGUGAAUACUUCUUCUACCAAAAAGCAUACUCAGAUUAUCAUUUAAAGCACUUUUUUUGAAAGGAAAUGUUCACUAAAUGGUACUUUAGUGAGGUCACUUUUUUAAAUUCUCAUUAAUAUUCAAGAUAAUGAAGAAAACCUGCUUGUUUAGGUUAAAAAUUAUUGAAAGAUUAAUAUAAAUAAGGUUGUCAUUGAAAACUAUUUUUUUCUAUUUUUUGUUAUUGUUAUUUAUUAUUUAAAUUUUUUUUCAACAAACAUUGUUGUCACGGGAACGCACAUUGUUAUAAUCAUUUUACCAUAAUAUGACAUAUACUACAUGUUUUUCUGUUGACAAAGCAACACUAUCAACUGAACUACGUUCCGAAUCGUUUUUUCGUUUGAAAUUUUGUAUCGUUGCUUACAGCUUACAUUAAGUUCCCGUCUGUAUCAAACCUUCCCAACUUUCCUCCUACAACAGUGAGUGCACUUACGCUCGUACAGUGAUGCUCCCAUAGGCUAAACUACAUAUUACAUAAUACAUAUAAGCCGUAUACUUUCAACAUUUUGCUGAAAAAUCACGGGCAUACUGCAUAUACUCUAAAAUAGUUUUCAUAGACAAAAGAAUCAAAUAAAAAUGUAAAAAAGACAAAUUCGUUAUAGUGCCUAAUGUAGUUAUCAGUUCCUUUUUAUACCAUCAAAUAUCACUCAAACCAUAAUAUCUCAUAUUUUAUUUAUUUCGAUAGUUAUAACUAAAAUUCCGUAAAAAUCCUAUGGUUUCUAAAAAUGUAUUUUUUUUUUUUUAUCUUAUGGUCUAUUUUGGAUAUUUUAGUUUAAUUUUUGUAAAUUGACAUUUAUUUUUCCUUUAACAGUAUACAUCAAACGAAAAAUAUAAAAAAUGUAACGCAGUUACAUCGAAUAUUGCAAUAUACUCUCAAAAAACUUGUUUAGAAAUCAACUAAAUGUGAAUUAUGUCCGUUCUUUUUUAGUUUCAUUUCAUCCUUAUUGCUAUUGUAAUUCACAAUUCCACAAAAAUAAUUAAAUUUUCGUACCAAAUAUUCACCAAAUACCUUUCAUCCUCUGUAUCAUCAAUUUCAAGUUUCAUUUAAAAAUGUAUGACUUAAACCUGCUUUGUGAUAUACUCUAUAAUUUAAAAAGAACUGUGUGAUGAUUAAAUAAGUAGAUUUGAAGCCAACUCAUAAGAAAUAUUUCCAGUUUCAUUUUUGUAUAUACAGAGGUAAAAUAUAAGUAUUUUAUAAUACAUAAAAGAAAAAAAAAUUGUAUUGCAAUAAAUACAAAUAACAUACGGAAUAAUAAUGAGAAACCAAUGAGAAAAGGGACUUUUGUAUGAUAUUCAUAAAAUUUAUUCUGCUUUUGUAUAGCAUAAAUUAUCCUCAUAAAAGUUGUUUAACAAUACGUAAUAUUCAUUUGGUAAUUAUUGGAUUGAUAGUUUUACUUCACUUGGUAUUUUUUAUAAUAUCACUGAAUAUAUUUUAUUUUGUAUUAUGUGUUUUGUGUAAAAUUAAUUUUUUGUGAAUUUCAGAUUCGAAUAAUAGCUACAACUUGUUCAGUUUUGGGUGCAGGAUUCAAUGUUAAAGAAAUAGUGUUCAUCAAUAUAGCAUGGCUUAUUAACUCGAAUAUGAUGGUAACGUAAUCAAUUUGGAAUAAUAUUAAAUUGAUACUGUUUAACAUAAUUAUUUGUCCACUAAUAUAAAUACAAAUUUCCGGCUAAUGGAUAGUCUAUGGACCUACAGUAAAUAAAUGUCAGUUAAUCUUUGGUGUUGUGGGUGACUGCUGAACACCGAGAUCCAGGUUUAAGCAUAGGGUUGUACUUAUGUAUAAACAUUAGAAUUAUUACUUCCGUAUCCUCUUCUCAAUCCGUAUAUUACCGUAAGAGUUUAGUUUGUGAUAAAUUUGAUCAUGAUGAACCAAUCAUUACCAGUUUGUUAAAAGGAGGUAAAAAAAGUCCAAAUAGAAUAGUUUUAUUAUUAUUUGGAUUUAUUUAAAAAAAAAAAGCAAUAAUAAAGAACUUGUAGAGCAUAGUGUUUAUUACAGGCCGUCAAAUUGUCUAUGAACAUAUUUUAAUUGUAUACAGAGUGUCCUACAGGGUUAUCCAAAUACUAAUAAUUUAAUUUUUUUGAAUCAGAUUUUGUGUUAGGUUUAAACAAAUGUAGAGAAAAAUUCGAUUUUAAUUUUCAUCAGUUUGACACUUUAUUAUAUGUGUUUUCGUGAACCUAACAUGUUUUGUUAUGUCUUUAUGCACUGAUUUACGUGGACACUUCGCGCGCCAGUUCGCGUGUUGGCCCUUACUGUUGUGCCGAUUCUAACGUCGAGACUCGUUCGAGGUCGUAUAAGUGCCCCUUGCCGUGCGUUUACAUUACGCAAACAAUACGGUAUGUGCAUUUUAUUGCCGCCACGUUCAAGCAAUAAUCGUCGAUAUCUGUUAAUGGUCUUUAUUCUUUGCCGUCGUUGUCCAUCAACAUUAUCGUCGUCUAUCAACUUCAUCAUUGUCUCCAUUGUCUCUAUGUUCAAGUCCGUUUGUAUUGCACCAGAGCCUCAGGAGAUCGUCCCCCUGCCAAUUCGGUGCCCCGAGAAUGGCAGUGUCUGAGGUGAAACUAUACAACCAGUCUUCAUCCGAAUAAUGUAGCUUUGAUGACCGAUAACUAUCACCGUUUAAUUUGAUCUUACGAGUAUCGUUGUGGCCCAUACUUAAAUAAUACCCUUUUGUCCCACUGCGUACUAUAUGUAUAUGGGAAAUGAGUCGACUUCCGUAACAGUGCUAUGCGUUCAAAUGUCUAGCGUCAAAAUGACAGUGUCCCUUUUACGCACGUCGAAAUGACGUAGAUUCGACAAUUAAAGGGACACUUAAUCUAUAUUAGCAUUAACGUGUAAAAGUAUAGCGGAUAGAGAUUCGAUACUCGUCAAUUGGACCAAUCCGUGUGAUUUCAACGUUAAUGGGAGACAGUAACGGAGAAGGGUUUUCGUAAUGUUUUAAUAAACUUAAGCCGUUGACCGGACAACUUAUAUAACUUUCGGGUUGUUAACACGCGACAACGGCACGAAAAAGCCACGGCAAAAGUUGGUUCACGGUGACCAGCAUCAUCCACAUUACGAGCAGUGGAAUGAAGACGAUAAAACGCACUCGCCUUAUUCGACGAUAGCGAAUAUCCAUUAGACCGGGCAGGGCAUGAAAUGGUAGAAAAGCGCCACUUAAUCAAUAUACCGUUGUAAUAGUGUUGUUAUAAUUCACACAAGCAUGUCGUAAAUUUGGUUUGAUACCCGUCGACGGUGGCAUUAAUUGGUUCCUAUCCAGUGUAUCUGUUUCUUUUGUCUCGGUUCCGCAUAUUGGGAAAUUCGUGGCAAGGUGUCUUUCAAAUGUACGGUUUUCUCACAUCAUCAUAGCCUUUUGAACUCGAACACCAAGGACGACGAAGCGUACUGUCACCGCCGGUUACUCAUCUGCCUUUCACGACUUCAUCAUUGGACAUCAUGACAUCAUUGGUGUCUGGUUUCGGUCAUCCGACUGCCACGCGUCUUGCUUGGCACGGUUUUAGUCCAAAUUCAUGACUGUGCCGGAAGUUUUCACCUCAUCAUGGAUUCGGCAUCAUAAAUCAACGUGAUUUCAUGAACGUGUGCGAAACCUAUAGGUUUUCGUUGGUCGAAUUAGACGGCCCAUAUUUCCGGUCUGGCCGGGGUUCCUGUCGUAAUUAUACGGGAGGCGGGUUGAGAGCCUCAUUUUUUCACGCCUUUCUUUCGAACCAGCAUUAUCAUUCGAGUCUCGGAUUCUGCCUUUUAUAACCGGAGGUCUCCCGCGAAGUUUAUUGCAGGCGGCUAUACGAAACAAGUUUAAAAACUUGGCAUUGGCAGAUCUGCUUUCUUUGGUUAAGGACGAGACCUCUUGUUGUUGUUGAUAAAUCAUUAAUAGCAGCGUUUUAUUUCAGUUUGAUCUUGAUUGAUUAAACAACGUCGCAUUCUGUUAUAAAUUGUCAACCGACCGCGGUUUAACUUUACCCAUGUCCAUGAAGCAAUUGAUUGACCGUUUUUGGCAUAUCGAAGAGCCAGAGUUCACACCGUUGAAAUUUACGAGUCUGUUAGUUUCAGGCAUUUUCGGCGAAACGGUUAAAACGGAAGUCCAAAUUUCUGACAGUACGUCGUUCAAUGCAUCAUUAUUUUCGAUUUCUAUACUUUAAAACCACACCUUAGAGGUGCUCACACGUUUUCAUUUUUUUUGGCGCGCAUUUACUACUGGUAUAAUAAGUAAACUGUCCUCCCGUUAUAUGGCACUUAUCGACACGUUUUAUGGUGUCAAUCCUCGCAUAAAGAAGUUUCCGAAGAUGAAUUUAACGUGUUCAAGUACGUAUUGAAUUGUGCACUGUUCCUCAUGAUAGGAAUCCUUCAAGAAAUCGCAGAUGAUAACUGAUGUAAUUCCAUGUGGGUGUUUGACGCGCUGCACCACCAAACGUACUUGAACGAUACUUACUACGGUGCCGGCACUGCGGGCGGUACGCCGCAAAGUGUUCAGUCGGAAUUAACAUCCGUUCUUGCAGGCGCGGGUUUUGAAUUGUGGAAGUAGGCCAGCAAUACCGAAGUGGUAUUACAGGCCAUUCAAGGCGAAAUCCUGGUGGUUAAAUGUAAACAUUUUGCCGGUGAUGAUGGUGACAGUCCUUGGUUUGUCCUGUCAUACUAAAGAUAAUUAUUACUGAUACGAACCUCACCUCGAUUUUUCGAAGGUAUUCUUCAAGCGUGGGAUAUUACCACUUGAAGCAAGUUUUUUCUACCCAUUCGGUUUAUUUGAGCCCUCGAUUUUUCACACCAAGCAUAUUUUGCAACGUACUUGGCUAGUCACCUGUACGUGGGAUGAGCCAUUGCUAACAUAACCGUAGCCGUUUGUAACAUAACCUAGCCGCUAAAAAUUCUGGUUCUUUUAGUUCUUUAAGUUCUUUUACAUUGGCUAUAUAUCAUUAUCCUUAAAAUUCCGGAUAUAUUCUGUAUGUAUUUACAUUUGGAUCUUAUUUAAAUAUUCGUCUGAUUAACGAAACACAACAACGGUGUUUACGUACACAAAAAUGUUAAACAUAUCUUCCACGGUUUCUUAUUUAUCACAGCAUUCAUAAUUGCAACGAAGACAGUCAUGACCUGGGAUCUCCAAACACCUGUACGGCAACACACCACCCUUUCUGUAGACGUACCUUCGCGUAAGGUUGUGAUUGGACAUCAUAAAAGUCCAAUGACAAAUUUAAGCGAUCCGAUUAGAUGUUGGACUUUGAGCGAACGGUCAUGAAUUGUGGUUAAAUGAUCGUUUAUGUAAAUAUAUUUAUUUAAACUUUAUUAUCAACUAACGUGGUCAAUGUAUAAGUGCUUACCUUCAUUAAAAGUGUGACAUCUAUACAAGGUGAUUCAUUAAAGUGUGUAAACUCGAUAUCUCGGACAGUAUUUACUUUUUUAAAUAUUUAUUUUUUUUUUGAAAAUUUAAGAACCAAGCUGCUUUUAAACGUGACGUUAAGUUUAUUUUUGAUCAUCCUAGUUUCUAGGGGUAAAACGACUACCUACUAUUGUUGGGUUUAUGUUGAGUUGUUCUAAUUUUUUGAAUACAUGUUAAUCGUAACUCAUAUAUUCCAUUACUGCAAAACGAAUAUUUUGAUAUAAUAUUUUAAUUUAAUUUGAAUAAGAUUUUUCAUUGUCCCGGGUUUUUAAAUUAUGGUGAAGUUUUAAUGAGCAUUCAUAUUGCAUUUAGGUGUUCUACAUUUAGAUUUUACUUUAUGGGAAAAGUCACUAGAGGAUGCCAGUUUAAGUAAAAUAUAGCUUGUAUAUCUUAAGUAUAUGUUUAUUUAAAAAUUAAUGUUUAUAUUUACUACUAACAUUUAUUAGCAUGAUGGUAUUCACUAAUGUCUAUAGCCUAAUUAUAGUGGUGGUUUAUCAAAUUGUAUUAAUAUUUUUAAUAAUCGUAACCAUUAUAAAAUGAGGUGAUUCAGUUAUGACUUAUUGAAAUAUAUUUAUUUACUGUUACAUAUUAAAUUAUUGUGUUUGAAUAUAUUUAUAAUUAUAUUAAUUUAGGACCACUUAUUAAAAAAUUGGAAAUUAAUUAUGUUACUUAUAAUAUUAUUAAUAUAAAAUGGUGAUAUGUGCAGAAUAUGCAAUUUUGAAUCUAGUAGUUAUUAUUUAAAUGAUAUAGAUGAAAAAAGAUAUACAAAUAUGCUAUGUAACAAUAAAAAAGAAAUAUUAAACAAACAGUUCCCUAAUAUAACGGUGUUUACAAUGCAUAUUUGGAAGUCACCCAAAAGUUUAAUAAAUACACCAAAAGCUGUUUAUAAGUUGACUACAACCAAGAGCAUGAAUAAAGAUUUGAAGAAAAGCAUUGUCUUUACAUAGGUACAUUCAAAUUUUAAAAUGUAAUUAUUUUUAGUACAUACAAAUAUAAUAACAAAACAUAAUUUAUAUUUCAAAUUUAAAUCCAAUAAGUAUUGAAACUUUAAGAAGCUAUAUUUCGUUAGCGGAUAAAUUAAAAUUUAAAAUUUUAACAUCAAAAUUUGUUUUAACUAAUACUCGAUCUAUUUAUGGAAUUUUUAACAUGGGCUGCCAUUUGAAAAUCAAAAAUAGGUGUUUGUUUCACCCCUAAAAAUUAGGGUGACAAAAAAAAUUAAAAACCUUAAAUUUUAAACCAGCUUGUUUCUUAAAUUGUCAAAAUAAAAAAAUAUAAAAAAAUUAAAAACUCAAUAACUCGGAAAUAUCGAGUGUACCCAUUUAAAUGAAUUACCUUGUAUAUGAGGCGUAAUUCGUAAUGUUGCUGUCUGAAAAUAAUGUAUGAACUAAAAUACUGUAUUGUAUAUAUUGCUUGUAGUUGUCAUUUUAAUCAUUUUUUUAUGUUAAACCGUACAAUUAAAAAAUAUGUAAUAGGAUAAUAAAUUAGAAAUACUGUCUCUCCAGCUUUGAAAAUCUUAAUGAUAAUUAUUUAACGAUUUAAUGUACUUUUAUUAUUUUAUACCUGGAAUAUCUAUGACCUUUUAAAUGUUGAUUUAACAUAAUUUGACAGUUAUAUUAAUACUUUCGUUGUAUUACUUUUGUGUGAUCUCUACUUGCAGUUAUAUUUUGCGAUAGCGAUGUGUUUUGAGAUGCAAACUCCAGCCAAUGAAGUUACUCAAUUAUAUAAUUUGUUAUAUGAAACGAUGAUCGGAACCGUCAUUUCCAUGUUUGUAAAAGUCAUUCUAGGGACUUACGUAAUACCUUGGUUGGGUGUUAAAUUAUUGAAGAAAUCAAAUGGCGGUAACUUGGAAAGAAAAUAAAAAGUGAGAUUUCUUUAAAUCAAAACGUUUAAAAAAAAAAAAAUUGAAUAAUAAUAUUUAUGACUUUGUUUAAAUAUUAAUGUACAACAUUCGGGGUAUAAAUCAUUCGUGGCAUG